AUGCAUUUCUCCUCCGCGGCCUUCUUUCUCUCCCUCGCAUCCUCGACCAGCGCGGGCUGGGCAUCCAUGCAGACAUGCAGCACCGGCGACGACCCCAGGAGCCGAUGGGCCAGCACGUCCCUCAUCUCCGUGCAGGUCAUCUACUCGAACGAGCUCGACGGCUGCACGGGCGUCAACACCUUCUGGGCCAAGACCGGCGUCACGAACCCGCUGUGGGCCCUCCGCGAGUUCGACGGCAAGGACGGGUUCAGCGCCAACAUCGACAUCGUCUCGCGCACGCCGGGGCUGAAGGUCAAGGUGGACGACGAGGAGGUCGCGCUGGGCGACGCGACGGGGUCGUGGUCGCACACGGGGAGCGAGGCGAAGGAGAAGUGCAAGGCUCUGGGGAUGGGGGAGUAUGAUGGGGUGAGGUUUGACGGGAGUUACUGGGCUUAUGUUCCGAAGACGAAGUGCAAGUAG